AUAUAUUUACCUUUUUAGUUAUAUUAUUGUAUUCAAUCCUUCAAGACUUUUAAACUGUUGCAAAUCCAUCCUGGAUGUGUUGCUGUGGUGACGCUUUACGGCAUUUGGAUCAUGGCGGAGUCGCUGGACGGUGUACAGUUGAGCACGAAAUGGCAGGAGGCUUCAAACAGAGGGGCUGCUAUACUCCACUAUUUGGGGGAGCAGGUCCCCCUUAUUUACUGCCUGGAGACAGAACCACAACAAGGGGAGGAGGAGCAAAAGGUUGAGGAACGCCUCCUGUAUCCUCUGGAGUGCUUUCUUUUUGGGGAGGACCCCUGUGUCGGCCUGGAGAAGCUGCAGCAAUACAACAGCAGCUCAUCAGCUCAGCUGUGUGGACGUGUCUUUAAAGAGGGCGAGACUGUCUACUCCUGCAGGGACUGUGCAAUAGAUCCCACCUGUGUACUCUGCAUAGAAUGCUUCCAGAAGAGUGUGCACAGAAGUCAUCGCUACAAGAUGCAUGCCUCAGCAGGAGGAGGUUUUUGCGAUUGUGGAGACUUGGAGGCUUGGAAGACCGGACCCUGCUGCUCUCAACACGACCCUGGCACUACAGUUACUAUGGAAACGGACGAGUGUGUGAUGGAUCCAGACCUUCAGGAAAGGGCUCAGACGCUGUUCCACCUGCUGCUGCGGUACACAACAGACAUGCUGGUUUGGGAAGAGAACAAUGAACUAUCAGAAGAGCUGAAGCCAAAAGUGAAAGAAGACACCUACUACUGUGUGCUCUACAACGAUGAACAUCACUCAUAUGACCACGUCAUCUACACACUUCAGCGAGCAAUCGCCUGCGACCAGAAUCAGGCUCAAAUCUACACUGCACUCAUUGACAAGGAAGGGCGGAAAGCAGUGAAGAGAGGAACCCUUAGAACCGGUCAAGAAGCCAAGGAAAAUAUAAGGCGUAACUCAGAGCAUAUUAUCCAGAAACCUUUACGGGUGGAGAUUCUUCACUCUGCUGUUAUGGCUCAUCAGACCUUCGCCCUCAGACUUGGCGCAUGGUUCCAGAAGAUCAUUGGCUACUCAGUUGGCCUCAGGGAGGUGUUCUGCCAGGUGGCUUUGGAGCCAGCCGCUGACAAUGAUAAACUCUGCUUGAUCAGUCGACUCAUGCUGCAUGAUGCCAAACUUUAUAAAGGAGCCCGCAAAGUCGUCCAUGAGUUAAUUUUCAGUAGUUUACUGAUGGACACUGAAUACAAGAGGCAGUUUGCCAUGAAAUUCACAGAGCACUACAAGCAGCUUCAGGAAGACUUCAUCAGUGAUGACCAUCAGAGGAACAUCUCAAUCACAGCCUUGUCUGUGCAAAUCUUCACUGUUCCCACAUUGGCUAGGCAGUUGAUAGAGGAGGGCAACGUCAUCAAGGUCAUUAUAGACACUGUAAUGGAGAUGAUGCAGGAACAUCUGGACAACAACCACCGCUUCCACUUCCAGGGCCACAACCCCGACAAGUUCUUCCGGGUUCAAGUUAUCUUCCAUGAUCUCAGGUACAUUUUAAUCAGUAAGCCCUCUGUCUGGACGGAGACGAUGAGGGUGAAGUUCCUCGAAGGUUUAUGCGUCUUUCUCCGCUUCCUUUGCUGUAUGCAGGGGAUGGAGGAGGUGAAGAGGCAGUUUGGUCAGCAUGUUGAAGUGGAGCCGGAGUGGGAGGCGGGAUUUACCCUCCAGAUGCAGCUACGCCACAUUAUUGCCAUGUUUCAGGACUGGUGUUCUUCUGACGAGAGGGUUCUGCUGUUGGCCUUUCAGGAGUGUCACAGAGCUCUAAUGUCCUGCACCAACCAGCCCUUCCGCAGCGAGCCGACGGACAGCUACAUGUGCAAGCAGAUCCUCCAUGCACGGCCAUACAAAGUCUCCCAGGAGCCCAUCUCCAUUCACCUGCCCAUCUCCAGACUACUGGCUGGUUUAUAUGUGCUGUUGUGCCAGACUGGAGCAAUCCGGUACCUCCCUGACUUUGUGGAUCCUGUACAGCUGAACUUCACUGAGUUAGCGGAUCAGCCUCUGCGUUGUGUUGUGUUGGCUUCUCAGGUCAGUGCCGAUAUGUGGCGCAGAAAUGGCCUGUCACUCGUCAGCCAGGUGUAUUACUAUCAGGAUGUUAAGUGCAGAGAUGAAAUGUUUGAUAAGGAUGUUAUGAUGCUGCAGAUUGCUGCUUCCAAAAUGAACCCCAAUCAUUUCCUCAUGCUUGUUCUUUUGAGAUUUGAACUUUUCGAUAUUUUCAAUGGCAACUGCUCCAGUAAAGAUCAGGAAGUACUGAAACAGUGGAAUAGGUUAACAGAGGGGAUGCUCUACCUGAUAAUCGUCAUUGUUGGUGAGCGGUACGUACCUGGAAUAAGUCACGUGACUAAGGAGGACGUGACUAUGAGGGAGGUUAUUCAUCUGCUCUGUAUUGAACCCAUGGCUCAUAGCAGCCUGGUCAAAAGCCUGCCUGAUAAUGAAAGCCAUGAUACAGGGCUUGAAACGGUUAUCUCCAAGGUUGCCACUUUCAAAAAACCAGGAGUGUCAGGCCAUGGCUUGUAUGAGCUGAAGAAGGAAUAUCUGAAAGAGUUUAACCCUUUCUUCUAUCAUUAUUCCAGACCACAGCAUAGUAAGGCAGAAGAGGCUCAGAAGAAGAGAAGGACCCAAGAUGGUAGUGAUAAAGCCCUCUGCCCCCCAGUUCCCCCUCCAUUUUGUCCAGCAUUCUCAAACAUAGUGCAUCUGCUCUGCUGUGACGUCUUUAUCCAUGUUCUGAGGAGAAUUCUCCAGAAAGCGGUGGAGGACCGCUCCAACCGAUGGACUGAACCUAUGAUCCAGAUGGCACUGCACCUUGUAGGCCAGGCUCUACUGGAGGAAAAAAUGCAGUUGGAAAGCAGCAGUGCUGAAGAAGUGACCUUUGACUUUAGUCUAAAAGCACAAAAAACUGGUUCUGAACAUGGCAAAUCUUUGUUCCACUUCCUGACCAAAAUGAAGUCUUUACCUUCUCUGGAAGCUCAGAAUGACAUGAUCACAUGGAACUUACAGAUGUUUGAGGUGGUGAAGUGUCUUCGGGAGAAAUCUGGUCCUGUAGCUUCAUUUGCCAUAGAUCGCAGCAAGUCAGAAGAGAGUGUUCAGGAUAAGGAGAAAGCCGAGCGGAAGAGGAAGGCUGAAGCUGCUAAAGCACACAGGCAGAAGAUCAUGGCUCAGAUGUCGGCCAUGCAGAAGAACUUCAUAGAGUCCAACAAGAUGCUUUAUGACAACGUGCCUGAGAGCUCGAGUCAGAGCGACGUCACCGCGUCUGUGGAGAGCUGUAGGAUGGAUGUGGAUGAGAGCAGAGUGGCUGUGGGACCUCAGCAGGGCGUUUGCUCCACAGACUGGGAGACUCUGACCUGCAUCCUGUGUCAGGAGGAGCAGGAGGUUCAGGCUCAGGCAGCAGCCAUGGUCCUUACAGCAUGUGUGCAGAGAUCUACAGUUCUCACCCAGAACCGUGGAAAGACGGUCUCCACCAAAGAAGGCUGCUACCCCUUGUUUAUGCCUCCUGAUCUGGCUGUGGGCACACAUACUGGCAGCUGUGGGCAUGUGAUGCAUGCCACCUGCUGGCAAAAGUACUUUGAAGCUGUGCAGAACACCACUCGGAAUCGGCUGCAUGCAGAGCUGAUCAUAGACCUGGAGAACGGCGAGUACAUGUGUCCGCUCUGCAAGUCCCUGUGUAACACAGUCAUCCCGCUGAUCCCUGUGGAGCCCAGCAAGAUUAACUAUGAGAGUGCCGAGUUAGUUGGUCAGCAUCUCACUCUUGAGCGCUGGGUUCAGAUUAUUUCUUCUCGAAUCAGAGGGCUGAGAGCCACAUGGGAAGCAGACAAUAACAGUGAGGCAGCGGUGGAGGAAGCAAUGGCACUUUUUGAUGAGUGUCAAGCUGAUUUUAGAUCCAUUCUCAGUUUUGGAGUUCAAGAGCCGCCGAAGUUCUCUCGCAGUAUCACAGAGAUGUUGGGGGUCUGUGCGACCACAGUGCACAGGGUAGGACUGCAGACGGCUCCCAAUGACCUGUGCCCGUAUGUGCCUGUCAUGUCCUGGAACACUUGUGCCUACACCAUCCAGGCCACCGAUAACAUGUUACAGGAAGAGGGGAAGGCUCUUUUUGGAUCCCUCCAGAACAGACAGCUCUCUGGACUCAAAGCAGUGGUGCAGUUUUCAGCUGCUCAGAGGCUGAAAAGCAGUCAAGCUGUCAUACAGAAGCACUUUACUGAUAUGUUAGCAGUCCUGGUACCUCUUCCUAAUGUAGAAAACACACCAUCAAUAUUAGAAGUGGAUUUCUUUCAUCUAUUGGUGGGGCUGGUUCUGUCCAUCCCAGCGUUGUAUCAGGAAGAGGCUGUAGACCUGCAGCCUUCAGCAGUCAGCACAGCGUUCAAUCACCUCUACCUGCUGCGCCUGGUCACUAUGGCACACAUGCUCCAGGUCCUGCUGGCCUCACACGAUUGUGCUGUAAUAGGAAUGGUGGAGGAGGGCGAUGAGGCCCAGGCUGCAGCAGAACUCUUCUCUAUAGUCUCACAACACACAGAUGGGUUGAGACCUGGUGUAUCUGGCUUCACCGUAGAGAGUGUGAAGAGAGGUGUCCUUCCCUUCCUGCGCUGUGCUGCACUGUUCUUUAAUUGCCUUAUAGGAGUGCCCCCUCCGGAGGAGCUGUCCAGUACUGCAGAAUCACCUGAAAGUCAGCUCCCUCUGCUGUGUAGUUACCUCUCCUUACCAUCCAACCUGUUUCAACUGUUUCAAGACUACAGGGAUGUUGUAACUACCUUCAUAAAGAGGUGGUGUGGGAAUACAGCCAUAUCCAAAGCCCUCAAAGGAGAAACACACAUCAUCAGGUAUCCUCACAAGAGAAAUAGGCUAAUAGAUCUUCCAGAGGACUAUAGUGUGUUGCUCAACCAAGCUAGUCACUUUAAAUGCCCAAACUCAUCAGAUGAUGAGCGAAAGCACCCGACUCUGUGUCUGCUGUGCGGGGUUAUGCUGUGUGCACAGAGCCCCUGCUGUCAGGUGCAGCUGAAUGGGGAGGAAGUGGGAGCGUGUACGGCCCACGCCGCCAUCUGUGGAGCUGGAGUGGGAAUGUUUCUCAGGGUUAGAGAGUGUGAGAUUGUCUUGAUGGCCAGUAAGACACGGGGCAGUCCCUAUCCAGCACCUUACCUAGAUGAUUAUGGAGAAACAGACCCUCAGCUUGGGCGUGGGAACCCACUCCAUUUGUGUCCAGAGCGGUACCGCAAGAUGCUUCAUAUGUGGCAGCAGCACUGCGUCCUUGAGGAAAUCGCCCGCAAUCUGGAGGUCCUCAACGUCAUGUUCCCCUUUGAGUGGCAGAUGCUUUGAGCUCCGAGGCAGGCAGAGGAAGUGUACGAUGCGAGUAGCAAGACACAACACAUUCGGUUAGACUACGCAUGACAUCAGCCUGACAGCAGGGAGUAAUAAACUCCUUCACAUCUCUACCUACUGCUGUCAGUGUUUCACAUCAACAGCCAGUGCAUUAUGGGUAGCCAUACUAAACAGGCCCAUAAAAGAUAGUGAAUUUGCUCUCUCGGCUCUUUAUUUAUUUUGCUUUAGUUGCGGAUCUACACUAAUUAUAGCACUGCAGCUUUUUCUUUUUGGUCUUUGUGGUGUUUUCGCAUUUGUUUUCAGGUUGUAAAGAUUUAUUGAGGGGCUUUUGUCACUAUAAAACGCAAACCGUGCUUUUAUACCUUUGUGAAUUCUUGUCCUCUCACCCUUCCAUCGCCUGUUCACUCUUUCUUUAAUCUGUGUGAGAAAUGUAUUCAUGUGAAUAUAAUAUAUCUCUCUACUGCUUUAUUAUGCAAAGAUGCCCUCAAAGUAAAAAAGUAUUUUCAGUGUUUCUGAGCAAGAUGCUGUUUUGCAACUUAUGUUCUCAGGUGAAUCUCACAAAAACAUGUCCGGGUCACAUGCCACCCCGAAGUGAAGAAGAAAAAAGAAAUCAUAUUUUGCAUAAAGGCGCCUAUAUUCUGGACCACUACAUUUUUUCUAUUUACUAGUCUUUUUUAUUUUUAAUUCCUAUUAUUAUCAUUACAGUAAAAAUGACUAUAAUGCAUUUAAAAAAAUUAAAUCAGUAUAAAUGAAAUAUAAUGAGUAAGAAUUUAGAAAAUGAAUACUGAUAUACAGUUAAUAGCUAAAGUUAGUAUAGUUUUUACAGUAAUGAGAAUAUCUGUUACAGUAAUGUGAAAUUUAAGAAAUAAUCUAGAUGCAAAUUAUUUUAAUUGUCCUAAAAAUAAGCAUUAUUUAAUUUAAGCACAUUUGCUUAUUUCUUUUGAUUUUGGGGUGAAUUAUGAGCCAGGCAUAUUCUUGACAGGUUUCAUGAGAUUCACUCAUGCUAUGGAUGUCACAUGAACAUGUAUAUAAAACAAUAAUGUAUAAUUAGAUUAUGCUAUUUUACUAUAAGAAUGCAGCUGUGAAUUAAUGAAGAAACACAAAAAGAUCAAUAAUCACAUGCAACAAUGCCUAUUGGGUAAAGUCAAGUAUAUUCCACUUGUUAAUAUGUAUUAAAUCAAACACAAGUGCUUUUCUUGAGUGUCAGUCCAAGUCCAGAGUGUUUUUUUCCCCCCGCUCAUUGUUUGUUUCAAGGUGUAAGGUACUUUUAAACUUCUUAUUUACAUGAAAUAAAUUACUGAGUGACAUCACUUCCAUGCUAGUGGAUCUCUUACCUUCACUUCACAUUCUAUCCCCCUUGUUCUUAAUGUAAGAGCGGGUGCGGCCAUUUUAAAUUGAUUGUGUCGAGGCUUCCCGUCUCAUCUGCUUCCAGUUAUUUUAUCUGUACAAAAACUGUUUGUUAUGCUGCUUGAUAUUGCAAACUGUUGUUUGUUAUAUUAUUUUAAUUCAUUAUUGUAAUCAUAAACACUGGUUUGUAGCAAAAAUUAUUUUACCAUUUA